CAAGCCACGUAGGGACAGCAUGAGGCUGUGAGAAUUAUGGACCUCACUCAUUUAUGAGUAUGCCCACUUUGAUCUCUCUGGUGGUCCAAGCUUCUUAACUGCCCCCUCUUGCUGAUUACUACAUUAUGUACCUAAGUAUCGAUUCUGCGGGUACUGAGAUGAUGGAUUUGUUUAUUAUUUAUCGGGUUCUGGAGUCGAGCGGUAACGCCCUUGCAUGCACCUGUCCAUCCACCCAAUCGCAGCCGGCACAUACGACCGAACGCAACAUCACCCAAAUCUCAAUGCGCUGCCGACCGCACGCCUAUCUCCUGGCCCUCUGGUAGAUGUGGGAGCUUAUACCGGCAACACUGGAGCCGUCGCUUCUCGCCGUCGCUGGUAUUAUGGACAUUCACUCGCUCGCGACGUCACCAUAGGUUAGCCAUGUCUGACGGCUCGUCUCCCGAUCCGCUGGGCGACGAACCCCCGAGCUCUGCGCGUCCCCAUACGCUACGCACCGCGAGGAAUACCUACCCGAUCGAGGAUCCCUCGACAAUCUCCAUCUCGCGACAUAGCAUCACGCCGAGGAGGACCUCUCCGAUCAAAAGGUCGCCUAGAAAGCGUAUCUUCGAACUCGAUGUCGGCAAUGAUCUCUCGCCGCGUAAGCUCCUCGUUACCGUCGAGGCCGAAGAGGCUCUGAAGCGGGGACUCAACCGGGCCCUCAACCGCAGGCUCUUCCAGUCAUCCUCUCCUAUACGAGGCGACCACCGCAGAGAGGCUGCCACGACCACAACCGUGCCGUUGAAUGACGAACUAGUAGAUGGCGAGACACCGCGACCGCGGGGCCGACCGCGCCGCAUAAGCAACGGUACUCCCAUGCCGAGAGGCAAGAAGAGGGCUGGAACACCUUUGCAAAAGCCUGCUCGAGCAACGCGCCCACGAAGCGACCCGGAAUCCGAAGCUGGCUUAUUAGGCGAUGAGUCAAUCACGGCGGACGCGGGAGUUACACCCAAACCGAGGCCGAAGCCUCGAAGGACACCUAAGAAUGCAUCUUCCAAGACACAAGCUGUGCCAUCGUCGCAGCCGUCGACCAACGAGCCGAAGAGAAAGCGCGGCCGCCCGCGGAAGACACCAGUCUCGGAAGAGAUCUCUACACCUGCAGAUACGGAUAACAAAUCUAGGAGUCGUGCGGCUAACACAAUCCAAGGAAACUUAAGGCAGCUGCCAUCUUCCGCCCCAGUACCGACGUCGGAUGUUAUAGACGACGCCGAUGCUCAGCAAGAGAUGCUUGACGACUACGAGGAAACCCCUAUGGCUUCUACGAGACCGAGAGGCAGGGCACCUAUAUCGGCGAACACAUCCGACUCACAUGACCCGGAUCUCAAGCGACGAGAACUAGGAUCGCCUCACCUGGAAGAGCGCACAGACGAUAUCGAGGACGAUGUGAGCGAUAACUACCCAGCGAUGGAGCCCCGUAGCGACUCGGAAUCCAACCUAGAGGAUAUAGACGAUAUCCCCCGCAGCGGACAGGACACUCUUGCACACGCCUCUGACUUCAGCAUGAUAGCUGUAGAAUCUCUUCCCUCCUUUCAAGCGUCGUUCCAAGCGAACACGAACGGUAUUCCUUCAGACCCCCCGGAGAUGGGCGAAGAAACAAACAUGAUAAUCAACCAAACUCUCGAAUCCUGGCGAAAAAGCACUCAAUCGGAAGAUGCCCACCCAUCGCCGGCACGGCCGAGAGCGGAUAUCCCGAUGGCAGGCGACAACGAGGCCAGCAUGUCAAAUGGCUCGCUAGGAGAAGUCAGUAAGGGCCAGCAAGGAAGACAAAAGCCUCUUCCGCUCAACCGGCAAAUUUUCGCUGUCAAAGUGCCCCAUAUGGAUGACUCCUUCUCCAGCAUUCCGGAUAGUAUUCUCGAAGCAGCAACCCCCGGACGGUUGCCCACGAAGCCGGCCUCCGUUGCCCCGGCACAUGGAAGCCCGGGUGUGUACGAUGAUUCAUUUUCUAAGAUAUCCGAAGCCCUUCUCGCAGCUGCUACCCCAAAGCCAGCAACUCGUACGGCCGAUCCAGCGGAGGAGGUAGAUGUCCCCGCUUCUCAGGGUCAAAGCAGUUCGGUUAAUAGGAGCGUGGGAUCCAAUUUCGGGUCGAGCAGACUGCCCACCCCAGCAGAUACGUCGUCUUCGAAUGCCGGCUCUAAGAGGGGACAAAGUGAUAGUGUAGAUACGCUGGCGGAGGCUGAAGCCGAAGCUGGCCCUUCUUCUAACGCAGGCAUUCGAUCUUCGCCACCCGUUAUAAACCGGCCACGCGCGAUGAACCCAGUGCCUUCACAAUUAAGCCAAGAGGCGAACAAUACGCCAGGGUUACAGCAGUCUUCUCCUCAACUACCUCCUUCUAGCAGAGCGCCCUCAGAGCCGCCCAAGUCCUUGGAACCCCCCUUGGGUCACAGACCAUCCCUAUCGCCUAUUGUACGGGUCGGACGAACUCUCCAGAAUGUAAUGUCAGACAGAUCCUCCCCCGAGGGCCGCGAAAGCAGCCUUGGCAGUCCUUUCAGAGGGUCUACCGGUAAUGAUCAUAUUGGACAGUCGUCAACGGCAGGCUUGCUAGCCCGACCCAACCCUAACAUCACUGCCCAGUCUAGUGCCCGAUUUCCGUUUAACUUAAACUCAACUCUCGCUCAACAAGCACCACCCAGCUUCUCUCAAGGCGGCCGACUGCCUCAUGGCAUGGUCAUCGGCAGCUUCGAGGAUCCGUUUGGUCCGGAUCGGCCGGAUUACUCAGAGACCGAGGCAUUGAAGAAAUCUGCAUAUGGCACCAACAACGACCGGUCUCAGCGUGAUCACUCUGCUGCCGCCCCGUCGGUAACCAGUUCAACUAGAGCGCUUCCAAGUGAAGAUGAUCAGAGUUGGGUCGCAGAUAGCGAAAACCGUCAACAAGGACCAAACCAGCAGCCAGACUUACGACCCGUAGGUCCGCAAAACUCCAGAGAUUUUGCCUCCCGGUUCUUUAAUGAGAGCCAAGGAGCGGCUAUGGAUACAGACACCCUCGAACCUAGGGGGAUGGUCGAGAAACGGCUAGAAGGGGACGAAGAUAACGGCGCAGUUCGAGAAUACGAAGCGGAAGAAGAUGAUAUAUGGGAUUUUGAGGCAUCGCGUCCAAGUCCCGAGAAACCGGAGCCGGCAAAAGCUACACCCCAGCCGGAUGGCUUGUCCGCCCGGCGAAGUAAGAUCCCAAGCCCCUGGAGGAGGACCAGCAGGCGACUAAUCUACCAAGACAAAAUUGCGAGUCCUUCUCAAAUAGAGAUUGAGGAGAGCGCACAGAGCGAGGUGGAGGACGUGGCAGCAGAGCUUCCCAGACGACGGUCCUUGAAUUCCCAACCUAGGGCGAAGGAAAGGAAACCCGAGACACCGAAGGUCACCCAAAGCCUACCCCAUCCGCUUAAACCACGAGUCGAACUACGAGAUGAACCGCAAGCUAUACCACAAGAGAAGCCGCGAGAUGAACCGGAAGACCAUCCACAAGGUGAACUAGACGACCAACCGCAACACGAACCAGACGACCCAUACGACCACCCGCAAGAUGACCCCUACUACGAGUCGCAUGAUGAGCUGGAAGGCGAACUACAUGUUGAUUCUGGCACUAAAGCAAGGGCAGAGCCGCAGCAGCAAAUUACGAGUCCAGAGAUAGAAGCGCGGGGAAGGGCAACAGUGCCGGUAGACGCCUCCGAGUAUUCGAUAUUGGCCCAGAGAACCGACGAUGCCCCAACUACCCAGCAGAAGCCUCCGCCCACCAAGUCUCGCCUUUUCGGCGGAUUCGAUAUCAUGAGCUUCUUCUCAUCACCGGCAGCGUUGCCCCAGAAGAACCCUCGGCCCGAGCCAGCGGAUACAACCCGCAGGGCAGAGAGGGCUCCUCAACCUGCGCUUGGAAGACUGCCGCCGCCUAGGGAACCACAGCGAUCACUAUGGUCCACAGGGCUUUUCUCCUCGAUUCCGCAGAAGGAAUUUCAACCAAGUCUGGAUCGACGGGUUGAUCUGCCCUCACCUGCUGGCGCCUUGCCUUCGGACAACACAGUUCCCGAUACCUACGAAGCGCCUUCUCCCUCGCCCCCCCCCUCACCGUCACCAGCACCAUCACACUCGCCUGAGCCUGAAUCUCCAGUGUCACCCCAGUCCUCGACUCCCGAGUCGCAAAUGUAUCCGCCCAUCGCGCAGAAGCGGAAUUUUACACCGCGCCCUGGUCAAUCUGGCUCGUCGCUAUUCCAAACGGGCCCGCCGUCCGCCAACAGGAGUGAAGCAGAUGAUAGCUCUCUUCAAGUACCAAGCGAUGAUAUGGAAUCUUCCCGCAUGACGGAUGACACAGACUACGAGCGCCUCCCGCCGAGGGAAAAGCCUUCGCGGUGGGAUAGGACGCUCUCACCUUCCAAGUCGUGUUUCCGUUCCCCGAUGAAGCCUACAACGCCGGGCCGGGUCGUCGCUUUCACGGGUGCCUCCCUUCCUCCCCCGGUCCAGGCCCAAAUGCAGGCGGCAAGGCAACAAAAUGGCAGCGCGGGCGGCGAGGUUAACACCUUCUUCCAGGGCCCGAUCCUGCAACCGGGCGUCCCUAGAGCAAGGGAGAAAGUGUCAACGGCUUUUCCAGCCACCGCUUCCUCUGCGUCCUUCCGCGAUGCUCCAACCGCUUACGACAAUGACCACCAUAACGUCCUCACCGCUACUAGCGAUGCCACCGUUGACCCCCCCCAAACCACAGAGCCAAACGUCCAUAUUGACGACAGAAAUCAUGACCCCGCAGUAGAGACGUCACACCCUUCCGUUACUACGACUACUACUAGCGCUACCUCUAUCGCAGCCCCCGCCACUGUCAAUCUAAAUCCGGGUUCCGCCGCCGAGGAGGAGCCGUUACCGCCACCACCACAGUGGACGCGCGCCCACUGGGCGCGUCUAGAUGCUCUAUUGCAGCUGCGGCAGGCGGACCCGUUGCGGUUCCAGCGACAGUGCGGGCUGCCGUCGCGGGCGGCGCGGUGGGCGGUCGACACAGCCCUGCUAGGCAAGGAGGUAGCGGCCCGGGGUGCGCGCAUGGUUCUCGCGCCGUGGCAUCUCGAGGUGGUGCACGCGUUCCGGGUGGCGGAGGAGAAGCGGGGAGACGGCGACGGCUGUCCUUGGGAAGCGCGGGACCUCGCUAAGCGCGUGUUCGCGCUGAUCAUCGGGGAGGAGAGGCGGCGGGCGGCGGGCGGUGUCAACGGCGUGGACGGGGCCAGAAGAGACGGGUGGGGAAAGAGGGAUAACGGGGUAGCUAGGGAGAGAACGAGGGCGAGGAGGCAGGAGAGGGCGAGAGCGGGCGAGAGGGAAUCUGAGGCGCAGGGGGAGGCGGUUUGAAGAAGAAGAAGAAGAGGGGGAAGAGGGGAAAGCUGGAAUGGCGACAGAUAGAGCUUGGCUAGUCUGCUUUUGCUGCGGAGAGAUGCGGAUACCCAAACACACACACACACACACACAACCUAACCUAACUACCCGCUCGAGGAUACACACACAAUCAAACGCACGCACCGCAUAUCCGCCGACGGACGCGGGAUUUCGAAGAAGAGAGCUCGCAUUGGCUGCUGCUUCGGCGAGAACACGCCGCGCACACAUGUAACACAGAUGUAUAUGCAUACUGUAUAUAGACGGACGGGCAGGCCGGAAGGGA